AUGGAGCAUGGCCAUAUGCCUGCAUCCACAAACUCAUUAAUCAUCAGUCUACAAGACAAACACUCGCCCCUCCCUCAACAGCAUUGGUUUGGUACAAUUGACUAUCCACAACUCGUAGCAAAUGCAUAUAACAGAACCGUAGCCAUAUAUUGGAAUACUCCAAGAGAAACUGGCAACUGUCUAUUUACAUCAACCACUUUCUCCUCGCAAAACGUAAACCAACCAGAAACUUCAAUUGGCCGCAGAUAA